AUAGAAAAAAAGAUGAAAAUUCUGAUCUCCAUACAUCCACUGCCUCUAGUGCUACUGCUCCUGCAGCUGCUACAGCCACUACAGUUUCAAGACAAUGAGAGACGUUACAAUUUGCCACCUGAUAAAGCAGAUGAAUUUGAAGAUUAUUUGGAAGAAUUCAGUAGUACAGGGCCUACCAGACCACCUACCAAAAAAAAAUUCGUAAGGUUUUCCCUUAUUGGAACAGAAAGGACACUAAGUGAUUCCUUCUUCUGCACUGAUACAGUCAGGCUGAAAAACGUUCACAACAAGUCUCGUUGUGUGACAGAACAUCAUUUCAUCGUAAUGCCAUACGACGAUGUGAAAAACCUCUGUUACACGAGGUAUGUCGAGUGUAGGAAUGGGAUCAAGAAAUGUCACCGAAGCAGGCUGCCGAUAGAGGGAGUGUACUGUAAAUUAAGAAGAGGGACCACUCUACCUGACUGUGAUUAUGAUUCAAUUUAUAAGAUGGGUUUUGUCCUAAUUACUUGUCGAUGGCAAAAUAGUAUCAAAAAACUUGUUCCUGUUCAUGUAAAUGAUAUCCUGGUGCUACAGGAUUGA